GGAGAGUCGGUCUCGAUGGCUCAAAUGUCUACCAAUAAUAAUAUGCAGUGUAUCUAUCAGACUUCUUAAUUUCGAUUUCGACCGUCUAGCAGAGAUUGCAUUUGUGGCCAAGUUAUCUCUGCAUUAGCCACUAGAACCAUCAAAUAACUUCCUGCAACUCUUUCUCCAAAAUGUCGCCGCCGGCUGCGAAAGUUACGGUCCUCGAAAGCUCUGAAGUCGCUCCUCCACCGGGGUCGGUGCCGGAAUCCUCUCUCCCUUUCACCAUCUUUGACAUAGUAUGGCUCUACGCUGCACCCGUUCAGCGCCUUUUCUUCUACCCUUUCCCUCACUCCCCCGGCCACUUCCUCGACUCCCUCCUCCCCACUCUCAAAUCCGCCCUCUCCCUCACUCUCCGGGACUUUUACCCACUCUCCGGCAAGAUCCGCCUCCGCCCGGGUAGCCACGACAAGUACGAGCUACACUACGUCGAGGGCGACUCUGUUUCCUUCACCGUCGUCGAGCACGAUGGGGACUUCGACGAACUCUCCGGACGCCCCGGAUGCGAGUACGCCAGGCUACUUCACUUGAUCCCCCAACUAGCUGACCCAGACAAUGGCCGGAGGCCGGUGACGGCCGUGCAGGUGACUCUGUUUCCCAACAGAGGCGUGGCUGUGGCCGUGACCGUCCACCACUCGGCGUGUGACGGCUCCAGCUCCACCAGAUUCAUCUCCUCCUGGGCUUCUCGAACCGCAGCAGGGUCAGGCAAGGCGGCGCCGGCGCCGGCGCUGCCCUUCUUCGACCGGACCAUGAUUCCGAAUCCGAGCGAUGUGUACUCCAGGUUCUGUAGCAACUUUGCCGUCGAUGCGCAGUCGACCGAGUCAAUAAUGAUGAAUUUGGCUCCGCCGGGCGCGAUCCUCGGCAACUUUACCAUUAACGCAGACCAGCUCCGGAGGCUAAAGGAGAUGACCUCCUCCAAGUCCAAGUACUCCUUCCACUGCUCCACCAUCGCGGUGACCUACGCGUACGCGUGGGUUUGCCUCGUCAGAGCGCGAGGGUACCCCAAGGAAAAGCAUCUCUACUUGGCGUUCGCCGGAGACUGCCGGCAUCGGUUGCAGCCGCCGCUCCCGACGGAGUACUUCGGCAACUGCAUCGCCUGCUACUUCGUCGAGGCGAAAGCUGGCGACCUUGCGGGGGAAGACGGGUUUACGACGGCAGCACGACUCGUCGGUGAAACCAUCGAAAGGCUCAAACAUGAUCCGCUAGAGGGCAUGGAUAACUGGCCGGAAAAGUACCGGGAAAUCGGGAUGCAACAGCCUUUUAUCGCCGCCGGGUCGCCGACGUUCAAAGUUUACGACGUUGACUUCGGGUGGGGAAGGCCGGUGAAGGUGCACGCCCCGUCGAUCGCAUGGAUAGGAGCCAUGUCUGUGUCAGAGAGCAGGGAUGCGGACGGUGGAGUGGAGAUUGGUUUGGCGUUACCGAAGCAGGAGAUGGAUGAGUUUGGGGCUCAAUUUUCACUGUUGUGCGUAUAAAUUUUUAGUAGUAACAACUCUCUGCUGUUAGUUCUUUAUCGGAUCAUGCAUGCAACCCUAGUCAAUUAAUCUAA